AUUACCAAGUCCAUCAAGAUGUUAUGCAGUUUGAAAAAUCAAGUUAAAAUAUUUCCUUCUUUAAUUUUUGCGAUUUUAUCAUGUUUACUGAUAAUAUUUAUUGUUGGUAUCACUCAUAAAGCCAAUUAUAACACAAAUGUUGGAUUCGAGAAAAAAUAUGAAUACGCAUACACAAUGCAAGAUACUCGUGAACAGUUGGGAAAUUUUUGUAAAUUUCCAUUUUUAUUCUUUGCAAACUAUGACGUCGAAGAUGGGAUUUACAAUGUUGACCCUGAAGACGAUUGUGUUCCUGAUGAAUUGAACAAAUACGUUAAUUUUUCAACAACUAGUGUUCUGACAUAUCGACCUCAGCCGAUAACAAAUUUGAGCCUGGAGCCAAUCAGGUGUGCAUAUCAAACAAAUAACGGCUUAUCAAAGCAAUUUUUCGAGAUUGAACCCAACGUUCCUAUUCAAAUUCCUCAUUAUAACUUUUUGGUUUCUUGCAAAAGAAAUGAAAAAGAAGUGUUUGUGAAGCCAUUCGUCAAUUUUGGUGUAAUACCAAAGGAAGUGCCAGGAGAAUCUGUUGCUGUAAUAUUACUUCCAUCUAUAAAUCAUAUGCUUUUUACCAAGAAAAUAAUACGAACCAAAACUGUUAUGCAAAAGAACGGUUUCAAAUUUGCUCAAAUGUUGAAUAUGAAAGAAACCAAACCAUUUCUGGAUCUUCUUUUAGAACUUGGCAUUUCUAGUGAAAUUAGUGUAUUUCAACAAGCAAAGAAACAUAAUUUUACUACUUUCUUUUCCGGACCCCAACAAAUUCGGGAAUUAAUCGAUGUAGACUACGAUACUAUGGAACAUAGAAAUUAUAUUUCCAAUAAUCUUAUUGAUGAGAACUUUUGUCUUCAAGAUGGAAGGAAACUUAUGGAUGAUCAGUUGGAGAAUAUGGAAUUGUUUUUGGAAAGUACGAGUGAAUCGAAAUUUUUCGCUUUGAUGUUUUUAGAUGAUUAUGGAAGCCAAAAAAGUUUGAUCGAUUUUGAUUUAAGUAAUAUGUUCACUCGAUUACAACAGAAAGGAAUAUUUAAAAGCACGACAUUCAUUGUAACAACCUACAAUUUGUCAGCCAAAGAAGUAACAGAUGAGCAAUCUAAAAAUCCAUUUUUCGCAGUCAGACUUUCCGACACUUUAAUGAAAUCUCAUAAGACAGAAUCACACUUUCUUCAUUUAAACUUUCAUAGACUGUUAACUACUUCUAAUUCUUAUCAUUUGAUAAUGAACUUACUUGAUCCAAAAACAUCAUUCAAUCUUUCUCCAUUUUCAUUACAGUCAACAACAAGAUCUUGCCAAUCAGAAAACUUAUCCGACGAAAUAUGUCUUUGUAUGAAACCGAUUCCAGUUCCUGAUUUCAUAAAUCCAGUUAACAUAAAUUUCAUGCAAAAGCUAGAAAAGGAGUUUGGGAAGGAAAUCAAAAUGUACAAGUGUGUUCAAUCAUUUGAAAUGGGAAAUCAAACGGCAUUCUUUGAAUACGACAAUUCAAAAGGAAAAAUUCGAAUCGUGGAGUUGUCGGCUAAAGCAAGAGUGUUAGGAAAGAGACGGAAUAUAAUAGAUGUUCCUCUCAAGAAAACAUUCAUCUACGAUGUUGUUCUUGAGACUUUCCGGGAAUUUGACUAUGCUAGAAUAAUUCGUGGUCAUGAAGUGCAAAUUCCUAUUGUUAGCAUUUGUGUUCUAUAA